CAGUUGCUCAGAGCUGGAACUGCUGCUAAUCUUGUGGCUCUUUUUGCUGUCAUCACUGUCACAUAUCAGCUGAAUCUUGAGGUGUCAUGGCCGACAAGAAGUUGAUGGAAGUGCGCACACAGUUUGUAGAAAGUAUUAACAAGCCUGUCAUCAGCCAGCUCCUGGAUGAUCUGCUCAGUGAGAAGGUCCUGAACGAUGAAGAGGUGGACGAAGUGAAGGAGAACGCUAAGAAGCGGAGCCAAGCAAGAUUAUUGAUUGAUCAUGUACGGAGUAAGGGGCCUGAAGCUAGCCGCUUCUUGAUUAUCUUCCUCCAGGCCCGUGAUGCUUUCUUAGCUGAAAAACUGGGUCUCCAAAACUUUCUGUCAGUUUGCCAGUCAACAGAAGGCAAUAUCUCAAAGGAAGAAGUCCCAUCCCUGGAAUCCAGAAAUGGGAUCAUGCUUUGUCCUCUGAACUUGUUUCAGAAGAUACAGGCUAGUGAAGGCAAAGAGAUCUAUCCUAUCAAGGAUCCCAGGACUCGUAUGCGCUUGGCCUUGAUUAUCUGCAAUAUCAAAUUUGAUCACUUACCAGAUAGAGAAGGGGCUGACGUAGACCUGGAACAGAUGAAGCUUCUCUUGGAAGGUCUAGGAUACAACGUGGACGUAAAGACCAACUUAAACUCACAGGAUAUGACCACUUGCUUGGAGAAUUUUGCAGCUCGGGAGGAGCACAAAGCUUCAGAUGGGAUGUUUGUGGUACUCAUGUCUCAUGGCUUCCAGGGCAGCCUUUGUGGAGUCCAUUCAAAAGGCAGACAGUGUGACAGCUUCUCCAUCAAUACUAUCUUCUCCACCUUCAACAACAAGAAUUGCCCGGCUUUGAGGGGAAAGCCCAAGGUGGUCAUUAUCCAAGCAUGUCGUGGUGAGGAACGAGGAUAUAUAUACGUGGAAGACUCAGCUACAUCUGCUCCUACCUACGUCAACUCUGUUUCAUGGUCUCCUAUGCAAUUGCAAACUGAUGCCAUUCAGAAAGUGCAUGUGGAAAGUGACUUCAUCUGCCUAUAUUCCACCACCCUCGAUCAUUUAUCCUGGAGAAGCCCUACAACUGGAUCAGUCUUCAUCAACCAGCUAAUAGAUAAUAUCAAGAAGCAUGCCUGGAAUUGCAAUUUGGAAGAGGUCUUCCGGAAGGUGCUGCAGCACUUUACAAGCAACCCAUGUCAGAUGCCCUCAAAAGAUAGAACCACCUUGACUAAAAAGUUCUACCUCUUCCCAGGACAUUGAAGACAGCAGGAGUAGAAAAUUCACAAGCCAUAUGCAGGCUCCCCCAUUCCCCAAGUAAUGCAUUUGAGAAAUUUCUGAACAUGAGCAGAACAACUUUCUGCUGCAUUUUGAAGAAAAAGAAAUUUGUCACUGGAAAGAUUGUCAAAAAUAUACAGAGCAACUUCAAAUAUACUGUGUGUUGGAAAUGUGAACAACAAGGAGGACUUUUUAUCAUCUUUGGUGGA